UCUGCACGCAGCCCAAGGCGGAUUUACAGCAUUUCGCAUAUGGUCUCCAGUGCGAGCUCAGGGAGAGAAAAGCGGCUCGGCUCUAGCGCGCAGCUGGGGGUGCCAUCCUGCAUCUAAUGGCAAACACAUUUCACACUCUGUACCAGCUUGAUUCCCAUUUACAUGGAAUGCGCCCGACUCAAACGGAAUAUUUUGCAUCUGGAGUAGUUUGCGAAGAAGUUCUUUCAGAAUCGUUACAGUGCAUGUAUGGAGAGGAGAGGAGUACACAGCACUUUGGAGAGGAGUACACGGCCACGUAUACCACCCUGAACACAACCUAAGCAACAAUGUGGGUACUGAAGACACAUCUCCUUUUGGGUGUUGUUGUUCUCUUUGGAAUAUUACAAAAUGGGACAUGUGACCUUUCACCUCCGACCAUCGUUCCAGAUAAAACGGUGUUCUUGUUAGAGCUGAACUCCGUGUUUAACGUCACCUGUACCGGUAACGAGAGCGUCGUGUGGGAUGAGCCGUUACCAGUCAACACGCACGUGCUGCCCGGGUUUUACACGUCCACGCUGCUGAUUGACGGUGCUGCGAGUUACCAUACGGGGGAGUACGUGUGCAUUUACAAGACCCUAGACGAAUCCCAAUCAUACACAGACAUGAUGACCAGCAUCUACAUUUUUGUCCCAGACCCUGAUUAUCCAUUCGUUCCUGACUAUUCGGCAGAGGCCUCCCAGGAUUGUAUUCCUUGCCGUGUUACAGAUCCCCAAUCUGUGGUGAUUCUGCGGAGUUUACCAAGUGGAGAUGUGUUUUAUACUCACUAUGAGCAGAUGUUUGGAUUUAUAGGCAGCUUUCCUCCUGGCCAAUAUGUGUGUGAGACCAGUGUGAAUGGCGAGGUAGUCCGAAGCAUGGUGUACAACGUGACGGAAAUACCAUCAUUAUUCGAUUACUUCUCAAAUGAGAUGAAGCUGGAUUUCAGUGUGAAUCUGACAGCCAGUCCAGAGGACAUAAAAGAAGGAGAAGCCCUUAACCUGACCUGCACGGUUUCACCUGGUGCUCUCUAUGUCCAGCAAUGGGUGCAUCCCAGUAGACAGGCUGUAGGUGCUAUGCAGAAGAAGGAAACCUACCCUGAUAAGGUUUCGUAUAUCCUCAGUAUCCCACACGCCUCAACAAAUGACACUGGCUUAUACGAAUGCUCCGUCACGGAGCCGUCCGUCGGACAGACCCGCUCCUCCCGAGUGUCCAUCAUCGUCAACGAGGGAUCUUUCAUUACUCUGGAUCAUAGUGGGAUCGGAGUAGAAGAAACCAUCUCUCUUCUAGAGGAAUCUGAAUUCACCAUUUACAUCCAUUCUGAUGCUGUUCCCAAGGUCACAUGGUCCAAAGAUGGUCUUGGAUUGAAUAGCCAUUUUGUAACCACCAAGACCACACUUCUAGCGGACAAAAGGUACGAGAGCGUCUUGGUUCUGCGACAUCCUGUCGAAGAAGACGGUGGAAAAUAUAAGAUCGUAGCAUCGGCUGGCUCACAGACGAAAGAGUUCUCCUUCAAACUCUAUGUUAAUGCUGGUGAGCCCCAGAUAAUACAGUCCAUGCUGGCUCCGGUAAUCUGGCCCAGGAAAGAGACUAUGGUGGUAUUCCCUCAGUCAGUCUUUAGACUCACAUGUCGGGGCCAAGCAGAAGUGGUCUGGGAUGGUCCCGUCCCUCUUGACAAGCAGACGUUAGAUGACAAGAGAGGCCUGUUCGUCUCCACGGUGACGGUGGACAAUGCCAUGGCAACACACACCGGAGAAUACACUUGUUACUACAAGAAUGAGAAUCAGACAGACAAGAGCAGCAUCUACAUCUAUGUUCCAGAUCCAAACAUGCCAUUCGUGCUUUCCCUGCCUCCCUUCGGACACCACGUGCUGAAGAGCCCAGAGGAGAUGGAGAUUCCUUGCCGUGUGACUGAUCCGAGCGCUCAAGUGACGCUGUUCCAUGUGGAGGCUCAGCAGGCUGUGCCCGCCAUCUAUGACAGCAAGAAGGGCUUUCUGGGCAGCUUCACAUCUGGGACAUAUGUGUGUCAGGCCCUUGUGAACGGACAAGAGCACGAGAGUGAGGAAUACAUUGUCCAUGGCUGGAUAGAAGCCUCAGGCGUGCACGUAGAGCUGAAGGCGGAGAAGAAGGCUCUGUUGGUUGGAGAAACCCUCGUAGUAAACUGCGUAGCCAAGGGCAGUGACUUACUGGAACAACAAUGGAAAUAUCCUGGAAAAAUGGCGGAUCGUGCUAAGAUGUCUCUGAAGGAGAACAAGAAGGAUCAGGAGAUCUAUUACACCUUGACUGUGCCUGAUGCCAGAACUAAAGACAGUGGAAAUUACGCCUGUUCCGUCACUGACGUUAUGAGCAACGAAAGCCAAACCAAGGAACUCACCAUUACAGUUUAUGAGACGGAGUUUGUGUCUCUAGUUCCGACAUUUACUCCUGUGGAAACAGCCAAGCUGAACGACGUCCGUGAGUUCCUAGUGUAUAUCGAGGCUCUUCCUGCACCCAAAGUCACGUGGAUGAAGGAUGGUGUUGUACUAGGUGAUGUUGCUGCAGAGUUCACCACCUCCCUUCAGAAGAUCAGCGAGACAAGGUACCUGAGUACUCUCGCUCUGAUUAGAGCUAAGGCAGAGGACAGUGGCAACUACACGGUGCGAGCUGAGGUCGGCAACCAGAACGCCAGCCAUAGGUUCAACCUUCAGGUCAAAGUUCCUGCUGUGAUCGUGGACCUGCUAGAUCUGCAUCACGGUUCAGAAACAGGCCAGGCUGUGGUGUGUGUUGCCGGAGGAUCACCGGUCCCUGAGGUGGAGUGGUACAUCUGUAAAAACAUUAAGCAGUGUUCCAAUGACUCAAGUGAGUGGUCACCUCUUCAGACCAACACAACUAGCAUAACCAUCGAUACACACAUGGUCCAGGACAAUCAGUUGGAAAGUCAGGUGAUCUUUGGACAUCUGGAGAACACGAUAGCUGUACGCUGCCUGGCACAGAACGAGUUGGUCGCCGUGUCACGUGAGAUCAAACUCGUGGCCAACGGUCCACACUCAGAGCUCACUGUGGCAGCUGCUGUUCUGGUGCUGUUGGUCAUUGUUAUCAUCUCACUCAUUGUGCUGGUCAUUAUCUGGAAACAGAAGCCACGUUAUGAGAUCCGGUGGCGUGUCAUUGAGUCAGUCAGUCCAGAUGGGCACGAGUACAUCUAUGUGGAUCCCAUGCAGCUGCCCUACGACACACGCUGGGAGUUCCCACGUGACGGCCUUGUCCUUGGCCGUAUUCUGGGCUCGGGGGCCUUUGGUAAGGUGGUGGAAGGCACCGCGUAUGGACUCAGUCGUUCUCAGCCGGUGAUGAAGGUCGCAGUGAAGAUGCUCAAACCAACAGCUCGCUCCAGUGAGAAGCAAGCACUGAUGUCAGAGCUGAAGAUCAUGACUCACCUGGGCCCACACCUCAAUAUUGUAAACCUGCUGGGGGCCUGCACCAAAUCAGGUCCUAUCUACAUUAUUACCGAGUACUGUUUUUAUGGAGACCUGGUGAACUACCUGCAUAAGAACAGAGACAGCUUCCUAAGUCGACAGGCUGAGAAAGGCAAAAAGGACCUGGACAUCUUCGGCAUCAAUCCAGCUGAUGAGAGCAGCAGAAGCUACGUGAUCCUGUCAUUUGAAGAAAAAGGAGACUACAUGGAUAUGAAGCAAGCAGACACAAUGCAGUAUGUCCCCAUGUUGGAGAGGAGCAACGCCUCCAAAUACUUCGACUGUCAGAGAGACGACUACGAUCACCCUCCGUCUUACAAACACAUCAACGAAAGUGAGGUCGAAAAGCUUCUCUCCGAUGACACAGAGCGCUUGACCACUAUGGAUCUUCUUAGCUUCACCUAUCAAGUGGCCAGAGGGAUGGAUUUCCUGGCCUCCAAAAACUGUGUUCACAGAGAUCUGGCAGCUCGAAAUGUCCUGCUGUCUCAGGGGAAGAUUGUGAAGAUCUGUGACUUUGGGCUGGCCAGGGAUAUAAUGCACGACAACAACUAUGUAUCCAAAGGAAGCACCUUCCUUCCCGUAAAAUGGAUGGCACCUGAGAGCAUUUUUGACAACCUGUACACCACUCUGAGUGACGUCUGGUCUUUUGGCAUUUUACUUUGGGAGAUCUUUUCUCUGGGCGGGACCCCUUAUCCUGGCAUGGUUGUGGACUCCAGCUUCUAUAACAAGAUAAAGAGUGGCUACAGGAUGGCUAAACCUGAGCACGCCUCCAGUGAUGUUUAUGAACUGAUGGCGAAGUGCUGGAACAAUGAGCCAGAGAAGAGACCAUCGUUCCACAGUCUGAGUGACAGCGUGGCCACCCUGCUGCCAUGCGGAUACAAGAGGAGCUAUGAGCGUAUAAAUAAUGACUUCCUGAAGAGCGACCACCCGGCGGUGACCCGCGUGCAGUGUGUGCAAAGCGACGAGACCUACUUGGGUGUGGCCUAUAAGAACCAGUGCAAGAUGAGGGAGCGUGAAAGUGGCUUCGAAGACCAGAGACUCAGCUCCGACAGCGGCUACAUCAUCCCUCUGCCCGACCUGGACCCCCUUUCUGACGAAGAAUACACCAAAAGAAACCGUCACAGCUCUCAGACGUCUGAGGAGAGCGCUAUAGACACGGGCUCGAGCAGCUCCACCCUGCCCAAGCGUGAAGGAGAGACUCUGGAGGACAUCACACUGCUGGAUGAGAUGUGCCUGGACUCAGGGGAUCUGGUCGAGGACAGCUUCCUGUAAGACUGAGACAUUGAGAUGAAAAAGAGGAUGAGACAGACCCUGUUUAGCGAUUCAUCCAGCAGCAGGAGGAGGAGAGAAAGGCUACGACAUUAGCAUUAACACAAGAACUCUUCUGAAUAGCCCUUUUCUCUCUCCCACCUGUUCUCUGAACUCGUGCUCCCUUGCGACAUCCGCUGCCGCAGAAUCCUCCAAAGAAAACAAAGACUCUUUCCUGACUGGAAAUCCUGUGAUGGUCAUUUAGCAUUAGAGACCGUGUCCUCUACUGGCUCAGAGGAAGGUGUGGUGAAAAAGGAAUAAGGAAAUAAUCCAGAAUACUUACAUGUUGUAUAGAACUUUAUAAUUGAUGGGCAUUCAGUACAUUGAACUAAUUAAGCAGGAAUGUAUCCUGAGCAUACUAUUGUAUACUCCAUAACCAGUUGAUUUACAUACGAGUCAGUUUUCCAUGACCACUACGCCUGAAAUCCUACACCUUUAUUUCCUUUCACAUUCCAUGCAACGCAAAUCGCAUUAAAAAGCACACAAUGGCUAGCUCCUGUAGCUGAUCGUACAGUAUAUUGGCCGCAACGCAAUAAGUGCAGCAGUUUGAAUUUUAUUCCUUUUUUUAUACAUAAUUCUGAGCAUCAAUGUGUAAUAUUUUGUAAAUAAUGGGAAGGGAAGGGAAACCUUUUAACGGUCCUAAAUGAAGGAAAUAAUAAUAAUAAUAAUGCAAUAAUGCGUAACGCAUGCCUCACAGCGUUGCAAUUUUUACACGUUGCAACAAAACCGUACCAAAGUGUGGACCAAAGAUUUUAAACUGCACAAUGUGUCAAAUGGAAAAAUGGCAUUAUAAGAUUUCUACCAGUGUUAUAGUACACAGGAACUGUGUUUUUACCCUGUGGAGUGAUGAUCGAAUCACUUGAGUGAGAUGAGAAACCUUGUGGUAGCUUGAUCAGCCUCGAAAGGACAAACGCUGACAAUAAGCUGGAAUGUUUUGACGCUGUGGAUAAAAUGAUGUAACCUAAUCAUCUAUAUACUGUUUUGAAUCAUCUAAACCACAUAAUGACUUUAUAUCAGCCGGUGUAGAUGUUGUACCCUACAGCUUUUUUUUUUUUUUUUUUGAAGCUUAUCAAUAUUUAUAAUUAUAUUAUAUAUAAUCUAAUUAUAUAUAAUCUAAUUUUUAAAUAAAUAAAUAUUAUUAUAAAUAAAUAUUAUAGUAAUAUUGGAGAGAGAGAGAGAGAGAGAGAGAGAGAGAGAGAGAGAGAGAGAGAGAGAGAGAGCACUGCAAAAUAAUAAUAAUAAUAAUAAAAAAAUAAAAAUAAUAAAUAAAUAAUAACUUCAUAGAAAGGGAAAACUUCUUGAAUAUGGUCUAGUUGUUCCUAUUAUAAGAUUACAAUAACCCAACGAUUAUUAAACCUAGAUGUUUUCUGUUCGUUUUUAAAUGUUUUUAAAUAUUGUCUAACACGAAUUAGAAAAAAAAUAAAAGGUGAAAAUGGUAAUAAACAAACAAACAAACACAAACAAAUAAACAAACAUAUAGAAAGGUUUAGUAAUAUUCUAUUUGUUUUUAUUGUAUUCUUAUAACAGGAUUUUUAGAUGCAGGAUAUUUUCACUUGAUGUCUGAGUCGUUUCUUCAUUUUUUAUUUUUUUUAUUUUAUUAUUUUUUUUUUUUGCAGGGUUUGUUGUAUUCAUAUAAUAUUACUAAUAUGCAAAAGAUGUUUAUUUCCAGACAAUAUCAACACUCUGUUCUGUUCCUGAGCACCGAUGCUAUGGGCAAUGCACACUAGGGGUAAAGGUCCAGCUUCAGUGCGUAUAUAACGUCUAAACCCCGACCGAUUUCCAUCUCACCUCCAUCGUGUACAGUCGUCCUGAAGCAUGGUAGAGAGUAUCUGUGUAGUUAGUUUGAUGUUAUACAUCACUGCAUGGAUUAAAUGGCUUUUCAAUGUAUAGUUUAUCGUCCAGCGAUCCACUGCCUCCCUCUGAGUGUAUAUCCACUGUGAUCUACUCGAUGGGCACGAGAAAAAAAAAGAAAAACUGUUGCACUUUGUAAACCCUUCUUCUUUUGUUGCUUUUAUCUGUUGUAUGUUUGUUAUAAAGAGUUUAUAUUUUUAGCAAAUACAAUUCAUGCCAUUUAUGUGACUUUAAAAUGCUACAAUUUUGCUGAAACGUGGUAUGAAUUAUACUCUAUGGUACAGUAUGUAUAAUAAUAGGUAGUUACUCACAGUACAAGCUGUUAUCCUCCUGUUCUAUUAUGCGUUAUGUCUAUGUCCAUUCAGAUGAUUUAUAUUUCAAUAAAUGAGAUUUAAUAAUGUGA